GAUCAGAAGCGAUCACCGAGUUCAGGAUGAGAUUGCACAGCCUGCUGCCGCUCCUGGCGCUCCUUGCCGUCCAGGCGGUUGCCCAAAGUGAUACGAUCACCGCGGAAGAUCCACCCAAGGAUGCCGGUUCGAAGACCAAUUCCUCCACGGAAACCAGACUGAGGUAUCCCUCCAACGAUGAGAUCCUCGGCCAGAUGCCUCCCAUCUCGCCCAUCCGCACUGGCAAUCCCCAGAUGGACGCCUUCUACAUGAUGUUCCCGGCUCUGGGCAGCCUCCUCCGUUGGGGCAGCCUCUUCCCGGCCUACUCCAUCCUGGGCGCCAUUCCCGAUGGCCUGCAGCCCACGGCGGCGGCCUCCAAGGUGGUGCUCGUCCUGGCCGAGGAUGCCACGGCCAAGACGCGAGUGGCUCGUCAGAAUCCUGCUGUACCGAAUCCUUUUCCCCUGCUGACGAACUGGCCUAGUCUGCCGCAGGAGUUCCAAAUACCCAACAUGGACUUUGCACCUCAAGUGGGCGCCUUUUUGGCCCAAAUGCCGCAGAUGCCGGCGAUGCCUGCCCUCCUGGGUGCCGCUGCUCCAAAUCCUGCUCCCGUUGCUCCAGCUCCAGCUGCUCCGGCAGCAGCUUCUCCAGCUGCUCCAGAUGCUCCACCAGCUCCGGCAGCCGCAUCUCCAGAAACUACCUUCCAACAAUCGCUGCUUGGUCAAAUGCAAAGCAUCAUGAAUCCGGCCAACUUUGAUGCCACCACUCUACUGGGUCAGGGAAUACCUGCAUUGGCUCCAAUCCCUGCCAACAUGGACUUUGUUUCCCAAAUGCAGAAGCAAUUCUUCCCACAAAUGUCUUCACCUGCUUCCGUUGCCCAGGCCUCCGACAUUUCCGAGGUGCGAGUGCGUCCCGAGAUGGCUCAGUUGGCCCAGCAGAAGAUCAAGGCGACACUGGAGAAGGAGCAAGAGAAGCAGGAGGAUCAGGAGCAGGUGCCACUCCUCUGGUUCCGAAUGCCCAGCGGCGGCGAGGGUCAGGAUGCGACGGAGGAGAAGACACUGGAGGAUCUGCGGGUGGAGGCCAAGCUGCGGGCCUUCGAGCGCCAGGUGAUAGCCGAGCUGAAGAUGCUGCAGAAGAUCGAGCUGCUGGCCAAGCAGAUGCGUUCGAAUGCCGCCCAGUCGGGAGAUCCCAGCUACAGGAUCAGCUAUCCGCUGAGUCGCACGCCCGUUCACAAGAUCACACGUGCGGAUAUCGAGCAGGCUCUGCGGGAUGACUACGUGCGGCGAUUGGUCAACAAGGAGGCCCAACGCAAGGCCAGGAACUCGGGAGCCGGUGGCCAGAAGCGACAGGCCAAGGCCCAGGAUCAGCAGCAGCUGUCCAAGGAGGACAUUGUCCAGAUCAUGGCCUAUGCCUAUCGCAUGGCCAACGAGCAGAUGGAGGGUGAGAAGGGCAAGCAGGACAAGAUGUACGCGGCCUACAGGACGGGCGAGAAUCAGGCUGCCCAGCAGAAGCAGACCCAAGAAAUGAUGCAGCAGCAGCAGAGGCAGUGGUCAGAGGAUCAGGCCAAGAUCGAAAAGAAUCAGCAACCCAUGAUGCAACAACAGCCGAGGCAAAUGAUGCCGGAUCAACAACAGAUUCAACAGAAUCCCAUGAUGCAGCAGCAGAGACAGUGGACUGAAGAGCAGGCCAGGAUCCAAAAGGAAAGACAGUGGACGGAGGAUCAGGCCAAGAUCCAGCAGGGUCCCAUGGUGAUGCAACAGAGACAGUGGACGGAGGAGCAGGCCAGGAGCCAGCAGAUGGCUCAACAAGCCCCCAUGAUGAUGCAGCAGAGGCAAAUGGAGGCACAACCGAAUCCCAUGAUGAUGCAGCAGAUGCAACAGAGGCAGUGGACCGAGGAUCCCCAAGUUGUGCAACAGAUGCAGCAGAGGCAUUGGGCAGAGGAGAAUGAGCACCCCGGUAUUCAUCCACAGAUGAUGAUGCAGCAGAGACAGUGGUCCGAGGAACAGGCCAAGAUCGAGCAACAAAAUGCCAUGAUGAUGCAGCAGAUGCAGCAAAGACAGUGGUCCGAGGAGCAGGCAAAGAUUCAGCAGCAGCAGCAGCAGGAGAGGCAGAUGAUGAAGCAACGCCAGUGGGCCGAAGAGAAUCCCCAGAUGAUGAUGCAGCAGCAGCAGCAACAGCGAAUGGAGGAUCCAGAACAGAACAUGCCCAACAACCAGGAGAUGGACGAACCCACAGUUGGCGAUGCUGGUCCCCAGAUGCCGGAGAACGAGGGUAUCGCCCGGCACAAAGUGGAUUCCCUGGGAUUGGGCGGCAACAAGCGCAAGAAGUCCAAGUCCGCAGGCCACACGGUGGUCAACUACUACUAUUCCGCUCCGGCUCAGCGUCCGGCCGUCCAGAAUUACGGAAGUAGCUAUGGAACGAGCUACGGCGGCGGUGGCUACGGAUCGAAUGCCUAUGGGGUGCCCGCCUAUCCAGCCAGCUCCGGCUAUCAAAGUCAGGGCUACCGGGCAGCCGUGGGUAACGAUGAGGUCGAUGACAUGCUGCGCCGGCACCAAACGAUGGCCAGGACAAUAAACCCCCAGCAACCGGGCCAAGUUGGUGGAUCGGAGAGCAGCUCUAAUCCUCCAUUGGCGACGACCCCAGCUCCCCAGGAGCAAUCACAAUCACCGCAACCGCAAGAGCAUCGAGUCCACAAAAGGUUAGCCAUUUUCCACAGGUUUGGGCGAGGGUUAGGGGAUGGACAGGGUAACUCCACAGCCAAGGGUUGCGGAUGCGGCAGGUUGGAUUGCCGGUGUGGCAGGAGUUGUCAGUGCGGAAGAUCCCGAGGAUCCCAAAGAUCCCGAUGCCAGUGCAAGUUAAAUCGCCGGAGCAAGCGGAGCGUCGAGUACGGAACCCUGGAGACCAUCGACGAGGGCUCCCUCAACGAACUGCGGCGGGAAUACAAGCUGGGCCUCAAGGAGAUCACCCUGAGUCCCGACGAAGAUCCCGCCGAGGCCCUGAUGCGCUACAAUGCGGCCUCCAUUCGCGAGGCUCUGGAGAGGGCCAGCAUGGAGCCGCUGGAGAUCGGUGGCGAUCAGUACGAGGAGGGGCAGGAGCAGCAGGAGCCCGUGCAGCAGGAGGAGGUGGAGCAAGUGCAGCAUGAUAGCCAGUAUAAUCACCGGGACUUUGUGCGCCUGACCACUUCCACGGCAGCUCCCACGAUGUCGACGACGAGCAGCACAGAGGCCACCACCACUUCGGGAGGCAGGGACUCCACUUCAGAAGCUACUCCCUCAACCACCACCGAAAGUGGUGGUCCCAAGGACGAGGACAGCGAGAUGCAGCAGGAUUCGGUGGCCCACGAGAGCUCCCACGUGACCAAGUCGAUAUCGAAGCAGGAGCAGGAGAUCCACCACCUGCACACCAUUGUGGAUGAGCUGAAGGUCGAGCUCAUCAAGCUGAACCUCAGAUGCAGCCAGAUCAUAUCGAACAAUGUGACCAAGGAGGAGCCACCCAAAGAGGAGGAGAAGCAGGAGCAAACCACAGUGGAGCAGGAGGAAGAGCAGGAAGAGGAGGAGGAGGGCACCUCCACUACCACCUCCACCUCCGCCUGCACCACCACCACGACCACAGAGACGCCACCGCCCAAGGCUGAGCCCAAAUCCAAUGCAAUCUAUGGCCCGUCCAAUAAGCUGGACUACGAAGACGACACCAAUUGGCAGCGCAUUCUGGCCAACCGGGGCUACGACACGGAUUACCUGACCAAAAGCCACGAGGCCCAGUUCUCCCAGGGUCAGAAUCUCGAGAUGACGAAGCCCUGCAAUUACGAGAACAACGCGAGUCAGGAGUACUCCCCCUAUCCGGAGUUCCAGGCGGAUGAACCAACGAACGCCGAUACGGAGGGCAAGGCCAAGAGGGCCCUGAGUGUGAAGCAGCAGGCGCAGCUCCUGAAUGCGGCCCUAAACGAUAGUGGUGGCUCCGAUUCUAGUGAUGCCUCCCCCACCACACCCACUCCCUACGCGAUGAGGGGAAAGUUUGUGCGCAGGAGGAGCACGGCGAGAAGGAUUCCCAGCCCGAGGAUCACGAAAGAAACUAACGAUGGCUGGGUGAGGUCCACUCGCCAGGUGAGAACCCCCCAGCGACCCAAAAAGAAGGUCACCACCAGCUCACAGGUCACCACACAGGCCACCGUGAGCAGCACCAAGCUGGACAGUUUGGUGGAUGUGCUCAAGGAUCUGUUGCGCCUGCAAAUUCAGAGGGAGAAAAAGUCCAGCCUCCUGAGGUCCCAGAGUAACCCCUCGAAAACCCCAACCACCAAAUCCAUUAAACCCAUCAAAGUCAUCAAGCGAAAGAGGUUGCGCAGAAGGCAACACAAACCCAUGGCCACCACCAUUAGAAGCUCCAUCCAACCUAAAGCAUAAGAACCCAAAACAACCCAUAGAACUAACCCACAAAUCCUAACCAUUAUCUAGAUAAGCAUAUUCAUUCAUGUCCAUCUCUCAUUUUGCAUAUCCUCCGUCCA